ACGCAGUAAUGUUAUACGCGACUAUAAAUACAGCCCCCCUUUGACUCUCUCUCUCUCUCCAUCUACUCCGUUUUCUUUUUCAAUCUUUGCUUUCCGUCGCCAUUUUUGUCCCCAUGCGAGACUGAGAGAAUCGGAGUAGAAUCAACUUCGGAUUCGAGUUCUUUGUCGAAGGAACGAGACAAAUCGAAGAAGAAGAAGAAACAGAGAUGAAGAUUCCAUGGCUUGUUCUGUUUUUCUCUCUCCAGAUUGUGUUAGUUCUCAGUGGAGUCGAAGCACAGGGCUCACCUUCGAAAGGAGCAAAGCAUGCUGCGGGAUAUUGCGCGAUGUAUGAUAUCUGUGGAGCACGCGCUGAUGGGAAAUUACUUAAUUGCCCCUUCAACACCCCUGCGGUGAAGCCUGACGACUUGCUGUCUUCAAAGAUACAAAGCCUGUGCCCCACGAUCACGGGCAAUGUUUGUUGUACGGAAACUCAAUUUGAUACACUACGUUCACAAGUUCAGCAGGUGAUACCAUUCGUCGUAGGUUGUCCAGCUUGCUUGAGGAACUUCCUGAAUGUUUUCUGCGAACUCUCGUGCUCCCCCGACCAGAGCCUAUUUAUCAAUGUAACUUCUGUUGCAAAGGUCAAGAAUAAUUCCACUGUGGAUUCUAUCGAGUAUUAUAUAACCGAUGCUUUCGGAGAAGGUUUGUACCAAUCCUGCCAGGAUGUGAAAUUCGGUAGCUCAAAUAGCCGGGCUCUGGAAUUUAUUGGAGCCGGGGCAAAGGAUUUUAGCGAGUGGUUUGCGUUUAUCGGGCAGAAAGCCGAUCUAGACGUGCCAGGUUCACCGUUCGAGAUCAAAUUUCUGACAACAACACUUCCCGAGACAUCUGUAGUGAGGCCGAUGAAUCUGUCUACUUAUUCCUGUUCCGACAAUGCUCUUGGAUGUUCUUGUGGUGAUUGCCUUUCUGCCCCUGCUUGCUCCAUUUCUACUGCUUCACCUCCUACUCAGAAAAAACAGUCCUGUUCCAUCAAAAUCAGAUCUCUCGAGGCAAAAUGCGUUGAUUUCUCUCUAGCCGUUCUUUAUAUCGUGUUGGUUUCGCUGUUCCUUGGAGGGGGUUUGCUUCACCGAACAAGGGAGACGAAGAACGCCUUCGGAAUGAGACCGUUGUCAAACGCAGAAGCUGGUGAAGACCAAACUUCUGUUAAACCACAGAAGGCAGACACUAUCCGUAUGCAGAUGCUGCAAGGUACUCCUCAGCGAAACUGGGCUCAGCUUUCGACGGUUCAAGGAUACAUGGCCGAUUUCUACAGGAGGUAUGGAGUUUGGGUGGCAAGACACCCAACCCUUGUCCUGUGUUCAUCAGUUUCUGUAGUUCUUCUGCUUUGUGUCGGUCUGGUUCGUUUCAAAGUGGAGACGCGGCCUGAUAAGUUAUGGGUAGGCCCGGGAAGCAGAGCCGCCGAAGAGAAACAGUUCUUUGACACCCAUCUAGCUCCUUUCUACAGAAUUGAACAGCUAAUACUGGCAACAGUUCCGAAUUCUGGUGAUGGCAAAGCGCCGCCAAUUUUGACAGAAGACAAUGUUAAGUUACUUUUCGAUAUACAAAAGAAGGUUGAUGAUCUCCGGGCCGAUCACUUAGGCUCAACGAUAUCUCUGACAGAUAUUUGCAUGAAACCACUCGGCCAGGACUGUGCCACACAAAGCAUUCUGCAGUACUUCAAGAUGAAACCAGAAAACUACGAUGACUUUGGAGGCGUAGAUCAUGUCAACUAUUGCUUUGAGCAUUACACCUCGGCCGAAACAUGUUUGAGUGCUUUUAAGGGUCCCCUUGAUCCGAGCACUGCACUCGGAGGUUUCUCGGGGAGCAACUUUGACGAGGCCUCUGCAUUUUUAGUGACUUAUCCCGUCGACAACGCGGUUGACAACGAAGGUAACAAAACCGGAAAGGCGGUUGCAUGGGAGAAAGCCUUCAUCCAGUUGGCAAAGGACGAACUGUUGCCGAUGGCUGAAUCUAGAAACUUAACGCUUACUUUCUCCUCGGAAAGCUCCAUUGAGGAAGAACUGAAAAGAGAAAGCACAGCAGAUGUCAUAACUAUAGCUAUCAGCUAUCUUGUGAUGUUCGUCUACAUCUCGCUUACUCUCGGUGAUCCGCCUCGGUUAAAUUCCUUUUAUGUUUCAUCCAAGGUUAUGCUUGGGUUAUCCGGUGUUGUCCUUGUCAUGCUAUCUGUUCUUGGUUCAGUGGGGUUCUUCAGUGCUUUUGGGGUGAAAUCCACUCUGAUUAUAAUGGAAGUUAUACCAUUCCUGGUUUUGGCUGUCGGCGUCGAUAAUAUGUGCAUAUUGGUGAACGCUGUUAAGAGGCAAGAGCAAGAGUUUAACUUGGAAAGACGGAUAAGCAAUGCCCUUAUGGAAGUCGGACCGUCGAUCACUCUCGCCAGUUUAUCCGAGAUUUUGGCAUUUGCGAUGGGUGCUUUCAUCAGAAUGCCGGCCGUUCGAGUGUUCUCCAUGUUUGCCGCAUUGGCUGUGCUCUUGGACUUCAUCCUGCAAGUCACUGCUUUUGUUGCCGUGAUAGUUUUGGACUUUGUACGCACGGAGGAUAAACGGGUGGAUUGCUUCCCCUGUUUUAAGGCUUCUCAAUCAUCGGAUGUCGUUAACAAAGGGGUUGUUGAUCAGAGGAAAGCCGGACUUUUGACUCGAUACAUGAAGGAAGUCCAUGCUCCCAUUCUAAGCCAUUGGGCUGUCAAAAUACUGGUUAUUGCCUUCUUCUUUGGCUUGGCAUUGGCUGGAAUCGCGUUGUCCACUCGGAUCGAGCCCGGGCUGGAGCAACAGAUCGUCCUUCCUCAGGACUCAUAUCUUCAGGGGUAUUUCAACAACAUUUCUGCAUAUCUUCGCAUUGGCCCGCCUGUAUAUUUCGUCGUGAAGAAUUAUAACUACAGCUCGGAAUCGAUACAGACAAAUCAACUUUGUUCCAUCAGCCAGUGUGAUUCCAGUUCUCUUUUGAAUGAGAUUUCAAGAGCUUCAUUGACACCAGAAGCAAGCUACAUAGCUAAGCCGGCCGCUUCAUGGAUCGACGACUUUCUGGUGUGGUUAUCUCCCGAAGCAUUCGGAUGUUGCAGAAAAUUCACAAAUGGUACCUUUUGCCCUCCUGAUGAUCAGCCUCCUUGUUGCCCUCCUGAUCAAACCACUUGUGGUCUGAGUGAAGUAUGCAAAGAUUGCACCACGUGCUUCCGUCAUGCUGACUUGAGUAACGAUCGUCCUUCCACUACGCAAUUUAGGGAGAAACUUCCUUGGUUCCUCGACGCUCUUCCCUCUGCAGAUUGCGCCAAAGGUGGCCGUGGUGCUUAUUCUAGCAGCGUUGAUCUACGAGGUUAUGAAUCGGGGAUAAUCCAAGCUUCGUCAUUCCGAACAUAUCACACGCCCCUUAAUAAGCAGACCGACUUCAUUAAUUCGAUGAGGGCUGCUCGAGAGUUUAGCUCGGAAGUUUCCCGCUCCUUGAAGAUGGAGAUCUUUCCAUAUUCAGUGUUCUAUAUGUUCUUUGAGCAAUAUCUUGACAUAUGGAAGACUGCUUUAAUCAACCUCUCCAUAGCCAUUGGUGCCGUUUUUCUUGUCUGCUUCGUCGUCACGUGCAGCUUUUGGAGCUCGGCGAUUAUUCUGCUGGUGAUCACAAUGGUCGUCAUAGACCUACUGGGGGUUAUGGCGAUAUUCCAUAUCCAGUUGAAUGCACUCUCGGUUGUCAACCUCGUCAUGUCGGUAGGCAUAGCCGUCGAGUUCUGUGUUCACAUAACUCAUGCUUUCUCAAUAAGCUCCGGGGACAGAAAUCAGCGGAUGAAAGAAGCACUUGGUACAAUGGGAGCGUCGGUUUUCAGCGGAAUCACGCUGACGAAGCUAGUUGGCGUGAUCGUGCUCGGUUUUGCAAGAUCUCAAGUCUUUGUGGUAUACUAUUUCAAGAUGUACCUUGCAUUAGUCCUCCUUGGUUUCUUCCACGGCCUCGUCUUUUUACCUGUGUUCUUGAGCAUGUUUGGUCCAGCUCCAAGACAGGCUCUCGACGGAGAAAGACAAGAUCACCGGCCUUCGGUUUCAUCACUACCGUAGUAUAUCUUCUUUAUAGAUUCGAGCUUUCUUUAUUUUUUUAACUCGAAAUGUUUAUUAUUAUGUUUCUUAUAGCCUUCUGUUUUACUUAACCUCAAUUUUGUAAAUGGUAAAAUAUGGUUAUCCAAAGGGAAAAUUUUUUUUAUUUAA